GCUGGUCCAAUAGAUGCCACACUACCCAAAAUAAAAGAAAACGCACCCAUCGGCUCUUUCAUUUUUUUUUUCUCACUUCACCAGCAAACUUUCUUCAAUGGCUUCUCUCACCGGCGCCGCCUCUCGUCUCCUCCCGGCCGCCAGAUUUACCGUCUCCAGAACUACUGCCAGACUCUAUUUUUCAUCAUCUUCUGUUUCUCCUCUAAAGUGCCCCAAAUCAUCUCCUCUUUUAUCCCAUGUGUUUCGUUACCAGAAGCAAUCAUUGGUUCGAGUAUCUAGUGGAAGUUUCAGUACUGUAGCAUCGGCUAAAUCAGCUGCCUCUGAUCCCGAUCAGUUGAAAAGUGCGAGAGAGGACAUCAAAGAGCUACUGAACACUAAGUUUUGUCAUCCUAUUUUGGUUCGUUUGGGCUGGCACGAUGCUGGUACUUACAACAAGAAUAUUGAGGAGUGGCCACAAAGAGGUGGAGCUAAUGGAAGCUUAAGAUUCGAAGUUGAACUGAAACAUGGAGCCAAUGCUGGACUUGUAAAUGCACUGAAACUUCUCCAGCCUAUCAAGGACAAGUAUUCUGCUGUGACUUAUGCAGAUUUAUUCCAGCUGGCCAGUGCAACCGCCAUUGAGGAGGCUGGGGGCCCCAAAAUUCCCAUGAAAUAUGGGAGGAUGGAUGUGUCCGUACCUGAGCAAUGCCCAGAAGAAGGAAGGCUUCCUGAUGCUGGUCCCCCUUCCCCUGCUGCUCAUUUGCGUGAUGUCUUCUACAGGAUGGGACUAAAUGAUAAGGAAAUUGUUGCACUUUCUGGGGCUCACACUUUGGGGAGAUCAAGACCUGAACGUAGUGGUUGGGGCAAGCCAGAAACAAAAUAUACGAAAGAUGGACCAGGAGCCCCAGGAGGGCAAUCAUGGACCGUGCAGUGGCUGAAAUUUGACAAUUCCUACUUUAAGGAUAUUAAAGAGAGACGAGACAACGAUCUGCUAGUUUUGCCAACCGAUGCUGUUCUUUUUGAAGAUCCUUCAUUUAAGGAAUAUGCAGAGAAGUAUGCUGUAGAUCAGGACGCAUUUUUCAAAGAUUAUGCAGAAGCACAUGCUAGCCUGAGCAACCUUGGAGCUAAAUUUGAUCCUCCUCAGGGGUUCUCCAUUUAAAAUAGUUUCACCUGAUGUCAACCAGAGAAGUUUGUGGCAGCCUACCUACCGGAUUAAGUACAACUUAUCAUCUUUACUUGUGCCGUUACUUUUAACCAGUCAAGAUCAAGCUAAUACUCAAACGUGAAGACAAAUAAUUCAGCAAAAUUUCAGAGAGAGGUACUGGAUGCUAUGAAGCGAAAUAUGAAGUUUUAGGGGGUAGUCCAGAGAAGCCUUUCCCGACCAAGUAUUUUCUAAAUAUCAUUAUUAUUCUAAUUGGUUUUUGAGUGAUAUGAUACGAAGUACACAUUGUGUUUUCAAUCCCACAUUCUUGAUUUGGUAAAAUUUUACAAUCACUCAAGACUAUUGCAAUGCUACUUGAAUUAUAUGCGUUGAAAUUCACUUAAUAAGGACUGGAAUUUUCUACUUUAAA